GCAAGUCAGUCACCUUCCGUUGUCACGAUGUGGCGAAAACAUCUGAGAAUGCUUUAAGUUACGUACACAAUCAGUUAUUUCCAUUCCUAACAGUGGAGACCAUAUACAUAAUAUGUAUUAUACAUGUAACCUAGAUGGUGGAGCUGACUUGAGAGGGGAAUCUGCACCGGAAGCGACCCUACAGAGAAAUGUAUCUAUCUAUAGGAUGACCUCACCAAAUCAACAUACAGUAACGCCCGCCGCGUAGCCACAAGCAAGUUGAAUAAAAGUGAAAUUCUAAAUAUAUUAUUAUUUUAGCACCUAGUUUUAACGUGUAUGCAUUAAUUUCUUUCAAGUUAGUUUUUUAAUUUGGAGAAGACAGAAAACAAUAUAUAAUACGUCAAAGUGAAUGGAGGGAUGUAGAGCUAUGGCAGGCCCAGGUUCGAGUCCUUCUAUACUGGCUGAACUCCAGAGACAACAGCGCUGCAGCCAGUACUGUGACACGCUGCUCCGGGCUGGGGGUGUGUCUGUCCCGGCCCACAGCUGUAUCUUGUCUGCUCUCUGCCCCCAGCUCUCGUGUGUUCUGUCCUCCACGCCACCUUCUUCGUCUGGGCAGAGCAACCUGGUCGAGUUCCAGGCUUUUGGGGCCUGUGCCCUGCUGAGGCUGGUGGGCUUGCUGUACUCUGGGGAGAUGGUGGUGGAGGGGGAGGUGGAGAGGGAGGAGGUGAUGGCGGCCGCUGCCAAGCUGGGUAUCAGUGGGCUGGUGGAGGUGGGGAGGAGUGAGGUGGAGGAUGGAGCCCAGAGUUGGGAGAGGGACAGAAGAGCGGGACCAAGCUCGACGGAGGGACAGAGGUGGAAGGAGAGAGUAAGGGAAGUUGGGGUACAGACCGAGCCCCUUGACAACAGAGACGACCACGUUGCUAGGCGCAAGAGUGGAGGGCGUGACUCGCCAGGCGGCGACGUCACCGAGAGACACAACGGAAGAGAGACGCCCGCUGGGUUCAACGCAGACGCGGGGAUCCAAACUUGUGGAGCCAUCAUGGAUAUUUCCCAUCAGCCUCUCUGUUUGCAGUCCCUGGGAGGGGAGGGGCCGGUCUGUGUCAGAGCUGCAGAGGAACACCCCCAGAUCUCCACCUUCUACUCCUCCAGCUCCACUCUCAACCCUGACCCCUUGGUGUCCUACGUAGGUGAUGUGACACUUCUCCAAGAGGCCCCUGCUCCUGGUUCUAUGGGCGCCGUUGACCUCCCCCCUCACAUCCCAUGCAUCCCCCUGUCCCUUCUCUGCCCUCUGGACGGACACCAGGCCCCUGACAUCUCCUCCAUGCUGACGACCCGGGGGGAACCCACAGAAGCCACACGGCUCGACGUCAUCCCUCCAUCCCUCUCCUCCUCCUCUCCUUCUCUCAUCCCUUCCUCCACCCCCGCUGUCUACAUGUCUGGUCAUGGGAUGGAGGCCUUCCCCCCCAGUGCCUCCAGCCCCCCUCAGGCCGUGGACCUGCUGGAGGGGGAAGGCGAGGAGUUUGAGCAGUUCAGGGGGAACAUCCCUGGGUUCAUCAGUUACUUCCUGAACCCCGCCCACUUCCAAGAUGGGGAGCGGGAGGGCAGGCGGAGGAGGAGGCGUAGGGCGGCAGGGGGGGCCGAGAGGGGUGCGGAGGAGAGGAGAGCCCAGAAGCCCAGAGGCAGACGCAGGGGAGGAGACGUGGUGGGGACAACAGCAGCGAAUAAGGAGCAGGUGGCGGCGGAGGUUCCUCAGGGAAGCUGGCUGCGGAGGUUGGGGGUGGGGGCCUUGCGGAUGGGGCAGGGCGGGGGGAUGGUGGGCAGGAAAGUGUACCUGAAGACCAGGGAUAUGCUGCAGCCCAUCAAGAUCCUCUUGAGAAGGAAAAAGAGGCGAGGGCAGAGUGACCUGUGGGAGGUCUCCAGGGCCGGGGUGGAGAAGAGCCAAGCUCCCCAGAGGAAGCCGAGGAGGACCAAGGCCCAAAUGAUACAGGACGGCUUUUCCAUAAUAAAGAGGCAGGUUGGUCGCCCACGAAUCAGGCCCAUACCCUUCCCCCCCCUCCCCAAAUAUCUCUUUGAGGCUCUGACCUAUGAGCCACACGGCCCCCCUGACUCCACCCCUCCUACUGCAGCCUUCCCUAGCCCAGCCCUAGCCCCUACCCCCAAUCCCAUUGCUCCAUCUCCUGUCCCCUACCUGUCCCCGGCCCCAGCCCUGCUCCACACCGCCCCCCUGCCCCCCCUGGUCCCGUCUGCCCAAGAAGACUCAGCUGAGCGGUUCGAGUGCCUGCUACAAGACAUCAUGAUGGACCUCGAUUUAAUUCCCAACGUCGCUGUGGCAACGCAAACUAACGACCUUCCCCAAGAAACCGCCGCCACGGCUCCUCCGCCUGCAUCUCCUCAUCUCCACGGCAACCGGGACCACUCCGCCGAGAGUUUCAACCAACUCUUGACUCUCUCUGCUUUGUCAGCUGGUCACCAUAGCGACAUAAAUAACAUCAUCCCAACUGCGUUCCCCGUUGCCGAGGCGACAACAUAUGGGGUGACCUCCAGGUCCGAGUGUGAGGUUCCGCUUCUGCAGCAGCAGCAGACGGAGGGCGAUCUUAGCGACAUCCUGGAUCACUUCCUGCUCUCAUUUGAGCAGCAGGUUGCUAGCUCAGCAAACAACGUGCUGAACGGAAACAUCCAGACAGACAGCAGCCACACAGACAGACCACCAGAACCGUACGCCGCCAUGAGGAACGACAGCGGAGCCCAGACCCAGACCAGACCAGCCGAGCACGGAGCACAGACCAGUUCAGUCUUCGAGCUCACCCACGCAGUUGUCUCUCCGCACAGUGCCAGACACACAGCUCACCAACAACACACACACACUCAAUAUGGAGAAGAGCCGGACCCAGUCAGACACUACCCUCUCACACACACCACUCUUAAACCCCCUUCAUCUGCUCUUCUGUCUCAGCCUGCCAAGGCAGUGCCCUCUACUGGUCAACCCUCUCACAUUCAAAUGGCGGAGAAGCUGGUGGAAGAAGGCAGGAGGAUGACAAGAAGCCAGGUGAGGGAAGGGAUCAGAACCUCGGAGGAGGCCAGGGGAGUGAAGAGGUUCCCUCCAGCACUGGAGCAGACACAGAGACAACAAAGUGAAGAAGAAUCCACCAAAACCCAUCCCAGCCAAUCCCAGCCCUCCAAACCCCCUCACAGCCAAUCCCAGCCCUCCAAACCCCCUCACAGCCAAUCCCAGCCCACCAAACCCCCUCACAGCCAAUCCCAGCCCACCAUACCCCCUCCUAGCCAAUCCCAGCCCUCCAAACCUCCUCCAAGCCAAUCCCUGCCCACCAAACCCCCUCACAGCCAAUCCCAGCCCACCAAACCCCCUCACAGCCAAUCCCAGUCCACCAAAACCCCUUCCAGCCAAUCCCAGCCCUCCAAACCUCCUCCCAGCCAAUCCCAGCCCACCAAACCCCAUCCAGACCAAACCGAGUCCGUCAAGUUCAUCACCAACAGCCAACCAAUUGUCCGAAUCAAACCUUUGCCUCCCAGAGACCAACUCAAGUCCAUCUGCAGUAGGAAGCAAGACAGAGACAAAACCAGGCACCUGGUCAGGAAAAUAAAACAAUUACAGAGCAUGUGUCCCAGAGGGCAGAAGCUGGAACGCUACGCCACUGUGUGUUUGGUCAGGCUGGAGGACACCCAGCUGCUGGCAGGCACAUCAGGGAAACGCCUACACCCUGCCGAACAACCCAUCAGGAUGCCUGAGAAGGUCAGCGUUCAGACGGUCCAACCAAUCAGGGUGAUUGAGGCCUUGAAGCUGGGCGGUGGCAAAGAGCGAAGGCGGUUCCUCAGGAGGUCGGUAGACAGGUGCCCCUCUGCUCCAUCUCCUGGUACCGCAGAGAACAGAGGAGAGAACAGCAGAGAGAACAGACGGAGGAAAGGAGAAGAGAACAGGUUGAGCCUGGAGUCAGAGACGGACGAGCCGAAGAGGAGGAAAGAGGAGGAAAGAGAGGAGGAUAAGGGGGCAGAGAGAGAGACUGCGUGUCCAGAUCAUCCAGAACCAGUCAAAUCAAACCCUGUCUCCCAAAGGCGUCUGUCCAGUCCAAAACUACAACUCCCAGCACAGAGGCAUCGAGCUCCCGCCCAAAACGGAGAUGAGUCUGGUAAGAAAGGGCCUGUCACAGUAGAGUUGGACGAGGAAGUAGACGCGAUCCAUGUGACCGCAGCCACCAGGUUUGAGAAGGUCAGAGAGGUCUUGUGUUCACAGAGUAGAGGGGCAGACAAGGAGAGGGUGUGUGGCAGGCCAGAAGGAGGAGAAGACAAAGAAGAAGAAACUAAUUGGGCCGUGUUCAGACAUCAAGAGACCCCAAGCAGUGAGGAGGACAUUGAUGUGGUAGAGCUGGACUCUGCUGGCAGUGUGCACGUUGUUGUCAAUGGGGGUGGAGAGAAGGUGGAAGGGGGUGCAGAGAAGGUGGAAGGGGGUGGAGAGAAGUGCGACAUUGUCUCAUCGUACCGUGGAGUGGCUCUGUGUGUCAAUGGGUCUGCCCAUGCUGUCCUGGUCAGGGGAGACGGGGAGAGAGGGCAGUACUAG